AUGGCCUUGAGAUAUGUUCAAUUGCUGAUCAUAUUUGUACUAGCCCUGGCCACCUACAAAAGGGUCCUUGCAAGUGAUCCCGACAUCCUUUCCUCCUACAUAGUCCCGGAAAAUAACAAAGUUGAUGCUAAUUUCUCUACUUACACUGGAUUCUGGGACAUAUUCGAUGAUGUUCCUGGAACCUUAAACAUAACGAAAGCUGCCUUGGCUGAGUUCCCUGCUCUUGAUGGACAGAAUGUGUCGUACGCCAUGCUUAAAUAUCCUGCGAACGAGGACUCCUCAGAUUGGAAAGAAUUCAAUCUUCAUCCUCACACCCACCCUCACGCCGCUGAACUUCUAUUCCUUGUUGGUUCCUUGGAAGUAGGGUUCAUGGACACCAAAAACGUCCUGUAUACACAGAAGCUUAAAGUUGAAGACCUAUUUGUGUUUCCUAAGGGAUUAGUCCAUUGCCAGUAUAACUCAUUUGCUAAUUUACCCACCCAUGCCGAUUCAGCAUUCGGAAGUGCAAAUGCUGGAACAGUUUCAGUGCUUAUAUAUAUGUUUGUGUUUGGCACAGGAAUUGAUAAUGCCAUCCUGGUGAAAUCAUUCAAGACCGAUGUUGGUACCGUUAAGAAGCUCAAGGCUGGCCUCACCACUCAUAAAUGA